AUGAUUUUCGACUUAAUUCAAAACAAACUAUUCUGGAUGGUGUUGCUAUACUUUUCUAUAAUCCUUAGUGCUAUUGGAAGAGAAGUAACUAGGAAUGAACAACAAUAUUUUCAGAUGAAACAAGGUGCGUAAUGAGACUCUGACGAAAAUGAAACCACUUGAAAUUAAUAUAAGAAAACCUGGCACGUUCGGAGAAAAUUUAGAAAGUAUUAAUAUCGCUAGAUCUCAGAAUUAUGUAGUAAUGUGAUAAAUGUUGUGUUCAUGCAAAUAAAGUCAAGUAACGUCCUCAUAAUUUUUUUGUGGUUGUGCCAAUAAGUAUUGACCCCAAGAUCGUAGUGUUUUGGGCGUCAUAUAAAGACGUCCAGGGGCUGGUUGUAUAAAACUCUUAAUCACUUUUUUAAUCACUAUUUUGUAGUUAAAUAGUGAUUAACUUACAAAUAGGCUCUUCUUAUUGGACGACAUUUCCACUUAACUAUGAUUAACUUUAAUCACUUUUUUAUACAACCGACCCCUGUUAUAUAAACAUCACUAACAUAAAGUUUUUCAGGUGUUCGAUCUCAGCGCAAAGCAUAUAUCAGAUUACGAGCGAAGCCAGCACUGGUUUGCGUCUUGUCUUGCCUAGAGAGAAAAUGGACUUGCAAGUCUCUCAAUUAUGCCGAACCCACUUCGGUCAAUGAUGGCAAGGAAAAUUGUGAAUUACAUGAUGAAACGAAGAAUGAUGAUGACAAUUCAUUGGAAUUCCUGAAAGAUGACAGAUACACCUUCUAUCAAAUAACAGAAAACACACAGAAGACAGAUAAUGAAACUGAGCAGGUAUACAUCUACCUUCCGUCACCAGCAAGUAAAUUGCAAUCUCGUAGUCACGCUAUUUGCAUUUUCCGACAAUGAGAAAGAGUGCACUGUAUCUACGAACUUAUUCCUCACUCUCAGAGUGGGAAGGUGUUUUUCCAGCAACAGUUGCAAUCGAGGUUGGAAUUGUCUAAGUUUAGCGUUGAUUGCAGGCCUUCUUGGCGAGCCUUUCUUAUUGUCAAUUCGUUUAACGAUUAAAUUGGAUCUACCACAGCAUAAACAAAACGUGAGAGCUGUCAGUUUUUUUGACAAUACUAGAAGUUACUAUCGCAACAAAAGUGCUGCCUCACCCCCAAGAGAACAAAGGCAGCAUGCACAAUUUGCUGAAUAUGACCUCGCUUUGCCAAGAGGAGAUGCGAGGGAGACUAUUUUGAUGUAUCGAAAUAAAUUACGCUGGACGAUUCAGCAAAAAACAACAUCAUCUUCUAAAGAUAAAUUAUAUAGUCAACUGUAAACGAAAGGUUGUUCAAGCAACAAUAACAAUCUUCUUGAACUACAAGAUCAACAUUUGAGUUCUGUUAACCAGCAUUUGAACUUUCGUUUAGCCUGGUGACUUAUUUCAGUACAUCAAAAUCACCUCGCCUUCCAACAUCUAAACAGCCCCCCUAUAAGACGCCUGUUCAGGAGGUAGGAAAAGUGCAAUUUGAAUAUCAAACACCUUGCACUCAGCUAAAUAUUCUACUUCUACUUUCUUGGCAUGGCUGUUUUUAUAUGAAUACAUUCAAUGCUUAUAAUUUCUUGCUUUUGUAUAUAUAAUUAUAAUACUAUCUGUGGCGAAGCUAGCCAUAGCAACAGGUACUCAUGCUAUGCAAAUUUUGAAUUAAUUGCAUUAUUCAAAUGAUGCAGGCUUAUUAGCACAGCAUGACCAGUUGCCAUGGCUAGUAUUCAGGGGAAUACUGUAUAAUAUCAGUAUAGAAAGACUAAGUCAGUUUUUGUCCCAAAUUAUUGCUAAAUUUUAAAACGUGCUGAAGGCACAUUGCUAUAAAAUCUAGAAUGAACACUAUAAACUCAUCGCCUUGGCACAUCGCCACAUAAACAAAUAAACUAAAAGUACAUUUCACUCCUUGUAUAAAUAAGACAUUGACAAAUAGAUCAGUAAUAGUGCAUGGGCUAUUAAAACUGCCGAUAAAUUCAUGAAAUCAUAUGUUUCAAUACCUCUAUUACGAAAGUCACUGAACUGUGGAAUCGCAUCAAAAAUUCGUAUAUCGACCACUCCCACAAACGUCUACGACCGCGCCUACAUAUUUUUGCAUGUUUACAAUUCUAAUUUUAAUUAAACAGCCAAUCGACGUUUAAUUGCAAUUGUUACCAAGAACCUGAUUGGCUGUUUAAAAUUAGAAUUGUAAACAUGCAAAACUAUGUAGGCGCGGUCGUAGACGUUUGUGGGAGUGGUCGAUAUACGAAUUUAUGAUGCGAUUCCACAGUUCGGUGACUUUCGUAAUAUAUCGAACGCUAAACAGCAGAUCUAAUAAAUAGUGUGCUGCCUCGCUGCGAUCGGCAGCAAAAACAAACAAUUGUUCUAAAUUUCCAUUUAGGCAAUCAGACCAAGUUGUCUUGAUCAUUUCAACAAUGGUAGUAAAACAUCGGGCAAUUACACCAUCCUUGAUGAGCAGCAGCAACCUAUCACAGUGUAUUGUGAUAUGGAAUCCGAACCAGGAUCCGUUUGGACACUGGUCAUGUCCUUCACGAGAGAAAACAAAGAUCUUAAAUCAUUCAAAAAGAGAGGAAUGUAUCGAAAAGCAGCAGGAAACGAAUACGCUCCAAAUGCUCCAAAUUGGUCCGCAUACCGAAUGAGUUCGUCAUCAAUGGCUGCUUUAAAGAAAAUGACAAGUCAUUGGCGAAUUACAUGCAGUUUUCCUCAAUAUGGUGUCGACACCGAGACUGACUACGUCCGAGCCGUGUUCGCUGAUUUUAAUCUCUUGAAAAGAGUUAUGAGUGAAUGCAAGAACGUGAGCUACAUAAGUGUCAUGGGACAGUCUUGUUCAAAAUGUACCGCACUGUGGACGCAUACUACCUACAAAACUCCGCAUAUCGCUGCCAUGCAAAACGACUCAGCUUGCGACAUAGAAAGUGAUAAAAGUGGAUACUACUAUUUUGGUGCGUACUUCACUUACAAUCCCAAUUUUCGUUGUACAGAAUCUCCAAACUCAACAACGAAUUAUUGGUUUGGUUCUUAUGUUUGA